AUGCAUAAGUUACACAGUCGAUUGAAAAGAAAAUAUUUUGGACAGAAUACCGGUGAUCUCCUUGAUUCAGUUGGACUCCGUGCGAAACAAAAGCUGCUCGAUUCAUUUACCGCCUAUAUACAAAAUAUAAUUGGUUAUGCCAAUAAAUAUUACGAUGAACAUCGUAGUUUAUGUGAAAGUGUUUCUGUACUAGGUAUUGUUGAUCUAGACCAAAUCACAUUCAAUAAAAUAGUGACUUGUGUCAAUGCAUUGAAGAUCAAAGUUGAUCUUGAUAUGUUAUUUGACGAACUGAUUAUUCUCCAAUCGAUAUAUAAGGAUUUGAAGCAGUAUCGAGAAACAAUAUUCGAACAAGUUCGUGUCUUUAUCAAUCCGAAACUUACCGAAGAAAUUACCGAUGGUAAAGGUGAAUGGAUAAUUGAUGACGAUACCAUAGCGAUAGUGACAACGAUAACCGACGGUUUUUCUACAAAGAGAACAGAGAAAAUAUGUAUAUUCGUCCAGAUUUGGUUCUGA